AAACAAUAACAUCGCCGGAUCGCGUUGCACUCCGUUGCCGGUUUUUCUGCUUUGCUGCACGUAAAGAAGAAAAACGAGUGAAUUGUGGGAAGCUGCCGACAAUAUGGUAUCCUUAAAAACGCUCACCAAAACCGCUACGUACAUAGCGAUCGGUGGGAUUACUUGUGCGAUGAUAAUGAAGGUGAAGCUGGAGGACAAAAUACGCAGCCAGCCGUACUACAAAGAAUCGCUCAAACUGCUCCGAGCUCAUCCGGGUGCGGUACAACUGCUCGGCGAGCCGAUCAAGGAUCUAAGCUUCGAUUACGGAGAGGAAAGCAGAAAGUUCGGCGGCGGCAGAAUCGAUAGCUUUGCUGUACCGGUGAGGGGACCAAAAACCCGCGGCAAGUACUACUUCUGGGCGGAAAUGCAGGACGAACGGUGGGUGAUAAGGCGGGCAGAGCUGGAGCUGAAAAACGAACCGGACCGGCGGUUGUUGAUAAGGGCGGAAGAGAGUCAAGCCAAGGAGUAGGGUUCGUUCGUUAAGGUAGUUUCGUAAGUAGAGAAAGCAUUCAAUCGUUGUUGUUAGUAGAGCUAAUAAAUAGUAGAAACCGAUAUCACUAAAUAACGAACCAUAACGAGCAACAUCGUAUGAAGUGGACGUGGGUUUGUGUGUCUGUGUGCGGAGGAUGUUGUGGUUGUGUUGUAUGCGGUUUUUGUAUGAAUUUUAUUUAAUUUAUAUAAUAUUUUUGUAAUAGUAAUAUACAAUUAUUUUUAUUACUUUUCCCCCCGCUCCCCUUAUUCAUUGCAACAAUCCACAUACGUACGGCGUCCGCUCUUCCUCUACCACACUGUCCCGGGGGGAGGCUGUCCUUUCCAUGUCCUGUUGACCAUUGUUUUUUGUUGUAACUGUGAGUGUUAGUGCGGCAGCGUUAUUAUAGUGCUUUUUGCAUUCGUUUUUAUUGGCUUUUAGUAGUAUUUACCCCUCCUCUUCUUCUACUCUCCUUUGAUUCUGUAUCACCUCUAUAAUUGCACCUACUUUACUACUGCAUUACUUCCUCUAGCAUUUUUCGAUUCGAUGAAACUGUUUUCUGUUCUGUUUUCUGCUCUUCUACUUUCAUUUGAAUUUGUUUAGUAUAAAUAACACAUAAUUGCUGCCCUUAAUCUCGUACUCUCAAUGUUAACCACUUUCGUUCACGUUCACUCUCUUUUGUCUACUAAAACACGACAAGUUCAUACACAAACACACAUUUCCAGCAGUUUUCAGAUUUUUCCUCACUUUUUGGCCACCUUUUCCACCAUCACUACCACGUGCUCUGCGGGCAAACGAUAGCAGCGCCAACGAAAAUGGUAAAUCAAAUCAAAAACACUCUAAACGGUGGUAUCUUUAGCUCAUUUACAUGUAUGUAUUCUUCCGUUUUAAAUGCAUUUAGUAAAAAAAAACAACCCCAAAGCACAUCUCUCCUCUUACUCAGGCGUUCCAUCAGGUUGAGAAGUGCUGCUGGUCUGUGUGGCACUAUUUGUUUUGCAUCGAAAACAAAACUCACUCACGAAAGCAUGUAUUUGUAUUGUAACUCUUGAGAUUAAAUUAUAAGCAAGGUGUAUGUUUGUUUUUUAUCAGCUUAGUCAAAAUUGCAAGGGAAAUGUGCGUGUUUUUUUUUUUCUCUGUGGCGUCCGUGCUUCUAUACUUUACAGAAUUUUUCCAAAGUACUCAUGGUUGUGGGACACUUUCUUUACUGUUUCUAGUUAGAAAUGAACUUUUUGAGAAAAUGAAAUGGAUUUUGUAGCACCUCUCGCCUAUUUCCAAUCGGAAAUUCCCCAAAAGGGUUCUACAGAAUCCAAUUCCCAUCGUUAACGUUAAAUUCCGGUUGGAAAGAGUCAAGAAAGUGUCUCACAGCUAUAAGAACCCAAGAAAAACCCU